AUGUUGGGUGUCAGCGUCCGCCGGUUCGCCACCUCGGCCAUUCGCCGUUCGCAUUAUGAGGAGGGGCCUGGAAAGGUAGGACGGGGCAGGGGAGGUUAGGGGCUCCCCCCACCCCGCAAUUUCCUCCCUUGGCCUGGCCGGGCCGGGCCCAGGGGAGCUUCCCGGCAGGUAUCUGCCCGCCAUGCUGGGGCAUUUGCGCCUCUUGGGGUCUCGGGGGUGCUUCUUGGUUGGCGCUUGGGCUUGAGGAGGCGGGGGGGGUCCUUGAGGGAGGGGUGCUGAUUCCCGCCCCCUUCCAUCCCAAUCUCUCUGGCGAAGCAAUUAUUUUUCAUUCGUUUUCUCCGAGGUCAUAUAGCAAUCCGUUCCCCAGCCGUUGCUCUUCCACUAGGACCUUGCUUCGCCCUACAGCUGCUUACAACAAAAACACAUUUAUUAUUAUUAUUAUUAAAUGUAUGUUGUUUAUACCUCUCCCAUUUGACUGAACCUAACCCUGAAGUACAGGGCAGGCGAUUGGCAGCGGCGACCUCCCCCCCCCCCGAAAAAAAGAAAGAAAGCUAAACAACUGAAGAGUAGUCGCUCAAAAAAAAGAAAAGAAAAGAAAAAGCUCAACAGUAACUACCCCCUAAAAAGAAAGCUCAACAACUGAAAACUGAUCCCUCCCCCCCAAAAAAGCUCAAAAGCUUCGGCUAACAUCCCUCUAAAAAUCUGAACAACUGACGGGCAAUCUCUGCAAAAAAAAAAAAAAAAGCCCAUUUUAAGAAAUACUGAUUUCUUAAUUUGGGGUUAAAAAAAAAUAGGAGUAAUCCUAUAUGUGGGGGCAGAAUUACAAGGAAAUUUUUUCCCAGUAGGGAAAAUGGCUCCAUGUAGGCUACGGGCUGCAGCCUUCAGUGUAUGAGGGAAAUACAUUGUACAAAAUGGGAGGUAUGCUAGCGUGGAUCGAAAGCAGUGGUUCCCAGUCGGUGGUCCUCGGACCCCAGAGGGUCCAUGGUACCAUUCACAUAACAAUAACUACAACAGGGAUAUCAAAAAUUUCAAAAGUAGGGCGUCUGUGGCUUGGCUUUUGAAAAACGGGGUCUGCAGUGCUUAGCUAAUAUGAAACCACUGGUCUAAAGGGCUACUUUAGCUGGGAUUACUGGAAACGCCUUGAAAAUCUCAUUGGUUUCAAAAUAGUACUGCAGUUUAUCACAGGGGAGAAGGCUAUGGGUUGAGAAACUUCCAACAGAAGGUUCCACUGGUGCACCUAACUGAUUAGAUUGAUCAUAGAAUUGAAGAGUUGAAAGGUACAGCAAAGUUCAUUCAGUCCAACUCUCUCCCAUGCAAGAAUUAUUUUCCUAACAUGGAGCUCAAACCCACAACCCUGAGUCUCAUGCUCUACCAACUGAGCUAUAUUAGAUCCCAUCUAUAGACAUUGAACUCAGUGGAUCGCUUUGUGGGCUUUAAGCACUGACAUAGUACAAUAUUCUUGCUAAUGCAACAUAAUUCUCUCUCCUUGGCUGCUAAGUUUCCAGUGGUACAAAUGAUGAGAACAUAACAGUAUGAAUAAUGAUGAUACUGUAAACGCUUUCUGAUGUACCUAGUCCUCUUCGUGAAUUCCAUUAAAGAAGAAGUUGCCAGAAGAUCAUUUGAGAGGGAAGCAAAAUGGUGAUAUUGCAAUAAUGCCAUGAAAAUACAAUUAGAUCAUGAUCUUACCUAUGAUUAAUCACUGUUUACGCCUUUAUACUCUUUUAAGAGUCAAGCAGAUGAAUACCCUGAUUGAAGCCUGGCUCAAAUUGUACAUGAAGUCUUCCCAUAUGCAGGGCAAAAAUCUUUCAUGGUACCAACACUGCCACAUUUUAAAAAUAUGGCUAAAUGCACAUUGAGUACAGUUAAAUGAUAAUGAUUGGGAUCAGAGCAAUUAAGUCUUUAAUUUCCUUCACUUCUUCUAGGACUUGGCUAAAUUAGCUUUUGCACAUAUUAAUAACUUGGUACCACUGCUAUAAAAGAACUUCAAAAUUCUUGUUUCUCCAGAACCUCCCUUUUUCUGUGGAAAACAAAUGGCGAUUAUUGGCAAUGAUGGCAGCCUUCUUUGGAAGUGGAUUUGCUGCUCCUUUUAUUGUAGUAAGGCACCAGCUGCUCAAGAAGUGAACAUACAAUAUUGGGUAAUUACUACUAUUUGUCUUACAUCUCUCUAAGUUUGUUAUUGUGUGCCAGUGGAUUACUUGGAUUGUCACAGAACUAUACAUACACUACGAAUUUUUAUUUUAAUACUAAAUGUUUGAUUGCUGGUGAAGAAAUACAAAUACUAAUGUGUUAGUCUUUGAGUGGUAGGCACUAUUCCUGUGAGUAGUUAAAAUUCUGGGUACUGCAGGUAGAGCAAGUUGCACACAUAUAAAUUGCCUUUGAUUAAAUGCAGAUUUGAAUGGGCAUCAAAAAUAUUAAGGUGGGAGCCCUCAUUUAAAGGCACUAGCAAAAUAUUUAAGCUUGUCAACUUCAUAGCAGUUUGAUCUCUGCUGUUGAGCUGAAAGAAGGAAAAGUACUUAAGUGAAAGGUGUUGCACCUUUGCCUUUACAGCUAGAUCCUGAACCAGCUCUCUACCAUUAUGUACCAGUGAUGGGCCUGAUAUGUGCACCUUCACUGGGAACUGGCGUAGUAUAGUGGCAUUCUUACCUGUUUCCCCAUACUCUCCACCACCUUCUGUGCUGGUCAUCAUGGAUGGCAGGUUUGUAGAUGCAGCAGCGGCUAUGCCAUUUCUUAAGCCCCACUGUUGCUGGCUAGGGGUUUGGAAUGCCCUCCCCUCCAAUUGUUUAAAGUAUAACACCUACACAAAAUAGUUUAAAAGCUCUUCAGAACACAAUAAAGGCAUUUCAAGAUUGUGGCAUAUAUAAUAAUAAAAGGAACUUCUAUAAAACAAGAGCAGCGGCAUGGGUCAUUGUUGGACCAUCUGCAUGCACAGGAUCUUGGAUCCAGCCUUCAGAAUUUCCAGUUGAAAUGAUAUUGAUUAGCAAUUAAUGGGAAAGAUCUCUUCCUGGAAUUUGGCAAACUGCGGUUAGUCAGGGAAGACAGUAGUGGACCAGAUGGAUAAGUAUUCUAGUAUAAAACAGUUUCCAAUGUCCACAUCAGAUCUAAUUUCACAGUGUUCAGUGAAAUGUUAAUGCAUAAGUCUGAUCUGUAUGUGAUGAUGCCUUUGGAGUAUACUUCGCAAUUUGAUUUGAUUUAAUUCACUGUAAGGAAUUUAAUUCAUUUGUAAGGAAGGGAUUUCUGUCUGUUAGCCUGACUUAUUUAUUUCUCUUUCAGAAUGAAGAUGGAAGUUUAUCUAGAGUACAACUUUCUUUUCUGAAAGAAAGCAUACAACUAAGACUAAUCACACUGGAUGUGUUUGUAAAUAAAAAUUAA